GGAGCCACAGUUCAAGUCCAAAAUAACUCUAAUACGCUUCAUUUCAGCUGAUAUACUUGACAACAGACCUGUAAAGUUCGACUGUAACUAUGCAUAUGUACAAGAUACAAAGUUUUUAUUUUGUAAUGGUGGUCAUAUGAAGUGAGUUUACAGGCUGACUACGUGUGAGAGUUAAUGCGCUUUAACGUGGGGAAAAACCCAAUAGUUUCGGUUUUAAGUGACUUCAUCGUUUGUCCUCCUGUUGGGACUGAAGUGUAUAUGGAUAAAUGGACGGAAAUCCUCUUGCUGGAACAGCUCUUUCCCAGAAGUAACCAACUUCUAAGAAGAACAAUAGUUUUUAAUUGACAGCAGGAAGAGAGAAAGACUUGACGUAAUAACAAAGCUGAUGGCUGUUGAAUCAUGCAGUGUGCAAAUACAAAAGCGCCGUGUGGAGCUGGUGGAGAACUGGAGCAAACACUUGAACCCUCUUCUGGUUCACCUUCUGGAAAUGGGGGCUGUUACCGAAGAGGACGUGAGCUUUAUAAAAGGUGGUGGGAUGUUAGGUGAACGAGACUGUAUGAGGACAAUGCUGGAUGUCCUGCAGGGACGAGGAGAGGAGCCGUGCCAAGCUUUUCUGUUCCUGUUGUCUAACUUUUCUAAUUUCACCAGAAGCACAAACCUGAGUGUGAAAGAUCCUGUGAGUGACCAUCUCCAAAGACACAAAGAUAUCUUGGCCAAGCAACACACACCAGGGAAUUAUCUGGGAUCGACUUCCGGACUUCCCAAGGUGGACUGGUUCACCGACAUUACGUUUUCUAAGGAUGCAGGACGCCAAGUGCCUGUUCAUUUCCAGCAUGAGACAUCAGUUGUCGGGGACGCCUUUAGGGCAGGGAGGGCCGAGACAAGAGGACAUGGGGAGACUUGUUCUUUUAAAGACAUCUAUCAGAACCUGCUCUCUGACUCCGGGAAUGGUGUGGCCUUGUUGUCGGGGGUGGCAGGAAGUGGCAAAACCACUGUGAUUAAACGGUUAGUUCAGGAAUGGGCUGUAGACGCAGACCUACAAAAGAUAAUCUUGCCUCUGUCUUUUCGUGAACUGAGCCUAAUUACUGAACCCCUGAGCCUUCAGGUUUUGCUGUCUGAUCAUUACAGUCAUCUCAAACCUAUUUUGCCAGAAUUAAUGACUUCCAACCAAGUCCAGCUUCUGAUUAUUCUGGAUGGGCUUGAUGAGUUCUGUUUCCCCUUGGACUUUGAACGCACUCCUAAAUGUUCAGACCCUGAGCGGGAGCUAUCUGUAGGAGCCAUGGUAGUGAAUCUAAUAAAAAAGAUCCUCUUGCCAGACAUCGCUAUUCUCCUCACUUCUCGUCUUCACGCUGUCACAAAAGUGCCACAGUUGCUUGUAAACCAGUUCUACAAUGUUUUGGGCUUCUCACCAGACCAACAACGGCAGUACUUUGAGAAAAGCUGUACCUCCAGCAAGACUGCUGAUACUGUGUGGGCAUUUGUAUCUUCUCACAAACCCUUACAGCUCAUGUGUCACAUCCCCGCCUUCUGCUGGAUUGUGUCUACUGCCUUGCACAAUGGCAAUUCCUUCCUCAUUUCUGACACCGUAACACCGAGUGGUGAGUCACAAACAACUGAAAAAGUAAUAGAAGAUCAGUCUCGGACCUCAUCUGAACCUAACACAGCGAUAAACAACAGCCAUGUCAUUGGCACCAGACCAGUUACAAUCACUGAGAUCUACUGCUGCUUUUUUAAAACCAUACUCCUCUUCCAUGUUGGUGGGUGUGUAGAGGGCUUGCAUCUCAACAGGCUUCACGAUGCCCCUCAUCUCCUAAAGGAGACAAAAGCAAAAAUUAGAUGUUUGGGUGCCCUGGCCUUCAAAGGCCUACUGGAGAGGCGAUUUGUUUUCGACUCCUCAGACCUGGCCUCUUUCUCUCUAGACUGCAAUGAGCUCCUGCGUGCCUUCCUAAUGGAAAUCCUUAAAGAGGACAGAUCUUCUCUAACAUAUGAGAAGCAUUUUCAGUUUAUUCAUACCAGCAUCCAAGAGUUCCUAGCUGCACUUUAUUAUGUUCUGGAGUCAUUGUCAGGUUCGGACCCGUUCACAGGACUUAAGCGGAACAUGGGACUCCUUGCUCCAGCAAUGCACUCGCACUUAAUGUCUAUUAUUAGUAAAUUACGUCAACCACAACAUCUCUUGCGUAGACGUAUUAAAAAAGCUCUCCACUGGGGAGAACGCCAUCAGUCCGGACACCUGGAUCUCUUCUGCAGAUUUGUAUCUGGCUUGCUAGUCCCCAAGACCCGUUUCAUCUUGAAUGGCCUUUUCCGUGAUGAACCACGGUCAUAUUUGACCUCGUGUGUGCCCUUGCCUCAUGCUUCUCCACCAUUUGUGCUGCGGUUGCUCCACUCACAGCUCCACAGCCCUACUCUGAGUCCUGAAAGACAGCUGAAUGUGUGCCACUGCCUUUAUGAGGCUCAGGACCCUGGGCUGCCACAGAGACUGCAGGCCUGGCUAAAACUGCUCUCUCAGGAGGGUAUGGGUUACUGUAACUUGACUAACAGGGACUGGAGUGAGCUAGCUUUUCUCCUGCAGCUAAGUCCGGACCUGCAGUCGAUAAAUUUGGAAGCACAAGGGCUUGAUUCUGAGGGACUACGCAGACUCCUUCCUGUGCUUCCCCUAUUUUCCACCCUCAGGCUUGCACAGAAUCCUCUGGGUCCAGAGGGGGCAGAAGUGUUGUCUCUUGCUCUACAGAGUCCUGACUGUCAUAUUGAGAGACUGUGGGUGGUAGCGACGGGUUUGGGCUGUGAGGGAGUCAAGAUCUUAGCAGAGGGACUUAAAAAGAACCACACAGUGAUUGACCUCAGAAUGGCAAUUAAUAAUAUUGGUGACGUUGGAGCUGCUGCUCUUGCUGAAUUAUUGAAGACUAAUCAUACUCUAAAAGAUAUUAGACUUAGGGACAAUUUCGUGUCAGAUAAAGGAGUAGAACUGCUUAAGGAAGCCCUUAUGGAAAACACCACCUUAGAGUUCCUAUGGUUAUUUGACAACAAAAUUUCCAAGGAAGGUGUUCGGCAGCUGAAGGAAUUUUCAAAGAACCGACCCAACGUUGACAUAAAGGUCUGCUUCUGAUCCCCAAAUAGUCAUAGAUUAAAGACAUGCUGUUUGUAAAAGGUGAUAAAACUCAGGAUAUUUUUAGUUUUCUCUUAUCUAGGAUUGCAUUACAGCGGUUUGAAUCUGCAUGGACGUGGUUUAUAAAGAUUCUGGCUGUGUUGUACAGGGAUGUUGUACAAUGUGAAAAGAAAUGCUCAGUUAAUAUACUGUACAUUGGACAGUGUUGCUUUCGACUACAUCCCAAAACUUCUUGGAAAGGCUGACGUGUGACUGGAGCCUGCACAUUAUGUUUCUGGAACCAUUUAUUGAAGAUACAUGACUUGGAUCUUCAACACUGAUGGUGUUGAUGAACUUGUUGAUAAACACCACUUGACCAGUUGUUAUGUUUAUAUACUGUGCCUUCUACACCACAUGGUCAGUAGGUGCUGUGAACUUUACUGUGUACCAGGAAGAAUGUUUCAAACUUCCCCUCCGUGAACAAGGAUAUGAUGUUCUGCCAAAUAAUCUUUUUUACUCUCUCAGCAGUUGAGCUUUGACCUAGUAGUACAGUAAGUGUCGUGUCAUGUUAAAUGUCACUCAGAUUAUUUUUAAGGCUUAUCUGAAAACUAAGAGAUGCUACAAAAAAAAAAAUGCUGGUUGGUAUGUUCAGAGUACGACAGUGUGAGUUGUACCAGUGUCAAUGUAAGAUAUUGUGUUACAUUGUAGUAGAAGUUUACUCAAUAUUGUAAAUAAUUAGUUUCCAUGAAAAUGGAAGUGAUUUUAAUGUAUUUCAUAAUAGCCAAGCCCUCUUGCCCAAACCAUCUGUUACAUUAUUCUGCUCAUCCAAUCAUCUUCAGUCGUAGUGGAUCCAGAACCUCUGCCAGAAACUCUGGGCAUGAGAUGUCAGUCCAUCAAAGUGGAUCACAAUACUAUUGAUAAUGUGACAAUAAUUAGAUCCCAGUGUUAAAACACAGUAUGCAUGCACUAACCAGACCAAAAAUCUGAAAAGUCAGCCUGCAGAAGUGCCUACUUUCACAAUUAUGUGUUUUUUUCCAUUACUAUUACAAAACAGACACAUGGAUGUUUUUAGGUCAUUGUUCGAGUUGGUGUGGUUGCAUAUAUUGAAUGCAAGGGAAGGAAAAAAAGUCUGAAAACUGGUUUGUCGUUCCAAUAUUAACGUCAGUAAGACAGAAUGACCAGUUAGAAAACUUGCUUCCUUUACAUGUUCAUUUAAUCAGACAGUUUGGAACAAAGAAAAAUAGUUUUACCAAAAACAGUUUUAAAACAGUUUUCUUUUAAGUGUUUACAAUGGAUUUCGCUUGCUACAGUAAAACUCUAACAUAUUUAUUUAUUGAUUUUUUUUUGUAUAAAAUUAAAAUGGGUUUCUCUCUCA